GGUAAUACGUAGCGUGCUCUGAUCACAUGGGAGUCACAUGAUAGGAAUGACAGCCGUACUUUAGACAUCGUUUGCUUGUCUGCCGACCAGAUGUUUAGGAUAAGUAUCAUCUAGUGUUGAUAUUAUUUGGAAAGAUAUUUUGAAUUUGUAGUUAUAAACUUAUCCUCUACUUCAUUACCAACAAUCAAGCACAUAAUGAGAAAAGUAGCAAACGUAGUACGACGAUGGGAUUAGAAACUCUUCUGUAUGUCCCAAACAUUAUAGGGUAUCUUCGUGUCAUAUUAACAGUUGCAGCAUUUGUAUUUUAUCAACAACCCCAUCUGUUUAUAAUUCUCUAUGGAGUGUCAGUAAUGUUAGAUGGUCUUGAUGGCUAUACUGCACGCAAACUCAAACAGUGCUCAGAUUUUGGAGCAUGGUUGGAUGUUGUUGUAGAUCUUUUCAGCCGAGGACUUCUCUGGUGUUCUCUUCAUCAGUAUGGCUAUCUGGUGAUAUUUAUUGAAUGGGUGACCUUUGUCUGCACCCAUUGUCGUGGUGCUAGUUGGCGGGUACCUGAGGAACAUUUCCCGUGGCUGGUGACUAAAGUCAUGGAAAAUGGUUUCAAUACUCACUGGGGAUUUGCUGCCAUUAGUGGCCUACAUAUACUGCCGCUGUGGAUUUAUGCAAUGAAGACAUCUUGUCUAGAUUCAAUGUUUUCAAUGCCUAUAUACAUGCAGGCAGCUGGUUUAGCACUGCUCCUUGCAGGAAGAAUUAUCUGCAUGUUUGUAGAGUUCUUCUACAUAAAAAGCCAUAUUGGAAUCUUGCUGGAAUUUGGAACAAAUAAAAAAGAAAAUUAGGGCAAAAACUUACCUUUUGUGUGCAAGUGGCUAUAUGUUGCACACAUCAUUUAAUGCUGGACUAGUCGCAUCAUCUAUGUACUGGAAUCUUUGUCUCGCUUGUAGAAUGUACAUUUUUAUAUCAUUAUCUGCAUAGGUUUUCGGUAUCUAAUCAUAAUGUUUAUGUCUACAUCUCCUCAGUAUUAACUGAACACUGACAAUCUUAUUUGGGAACGAUGGCCUUUUCAUACAGUCUGCUUGCAACAAAAGAACACAAUUUUUUUGAUAUGUACAAACUGCAUUUAAUGAAAGAUCUUGUUCCAAUACUAUAUUAACAUUUGAUUUUUCUGUAUAUGUGAAUGUUAUACAAUCACUCCAUAUUUCAUCAGUUUUGAGUGCAGAAAGAUGCAUGCUUCAUGGUUUCAUAAUCAGUUUCCAUUUUGUGACAGAAGCAAUAUUGCUGGUUCAUAGGCAUAGGAAUGGUGACCAAAGAUAUUAUUUAUCUCUUAAUGUAUGAUAUUUGGAGGUCACCAGUUGUUUAUUCCUUGUUACUUCUUGAGGGGCACAGGGCCACAAUAACACCUCGCCAUCGGAUCCGGUUCUGGGUAGCCCACCUCGGUUGCAAUGUGGUUCCGAGGUCCUUUGCCUCGCUCUCUUUUGUUCUUUUCCAAGUCUGCUUUGGCCUCCAUGCUUUUGAUAGCUUUGAUUAUUUCUGUCUUAGUGGGAGGGCUGGUGUUGACGUGAAGUUGUUCAGUUGCUAGUGGUAUGUCAGGUGAAGAUAGUGGACAUGGCUGAUUCAGGAUCUCUUCAAAGUGUUCAUUCCAGUGGUCUCUUUGUCCUGCAUCACUUGUUAUGGUCUUGCCGUAUUUGUCUUUCACCGGCAUGUUUAGGUUAAGAUUCAGGGGGUCACCAGUUAAAAGUGUAUUUCGUAAUCGAUCUUCAUUGCAAAGAGUAAUUAGGGGACAGCCAUAUCUUGUAUUAACAUUUAAUGAAAAAUACCCGAAACUGAAUUUGGUAAAAAAAA